UGUGGGGCGGGCCCCCUGUGGGUGUUGGAGGAAACCGAAGCCAAGAUCAGUUUGUUCUCUUUCUCUUUGGGAGGAGCCACAGCAGCUGCGAGGUCAAGAAUGAGCCCGUCUGUCCCGCCGGCCGUCUGUCCUGCCGGCCGGAGUCCCGAGGCCGCGGUCAGGGAAUGAGGGUCCCGGGGGUGGUCAUGCAUCCUCUGCCGGGCUGGGGGCCACCCCCCUGCAGCCCGACGCCCACGGCUGACUUCCUGAGGCUGGCCCUGAGCCUCCUCCUUCUGACAGCCCUGCCCUGCGCACUGGGGCAGCCCUUGUGCAAAGAGGGGGAGUUCCAGAAGGGGGCCUUGUGCUGCCCCAAGUGCUGGCCAGGCUACCGGGUGCAGGAGGCCUGCGGGGAGUUCAGGGGCACAAUGUGUGUGGCCUGCACGCCGGGCACCUACACUGCCCACCUCAACGGCCUGCCCGAGUGUCUGCCGUGCCGCGUCUGUGACCCAGGUGAGACCAGGAGCCCCUUGGGUCUCGCCUCUGCGUCCGGCAGCUCCGGGCCUAUGUUCCGGCUGAGCCUGGGCUGCGGCCGGUGCAGUGGCCAAUUCGCCUGGGAAGCGACGCCUGGGACCAGCAGCUCAGACGUGACAUGCUCCCCCUGGGGCCCCGUCAUCAUCAUCCUCAGCGUCAGCGUCAUCCUCGUCAUCACUGUCAUUUCUGUGCUUGUGCUCAUGUCCAUCAGGGACAGAAGGUCACGUGCGUGUGAGGCCCUGGCCCAGGGCGCUCCUGCCCCCACCCGCCGCCCCGGGCCCUGA